AUGUCGGAGCCAACAGUCGGUUCCCUUCUGGAAGGGAUUCCUAGCAAACCGAUGAAUGACUCAUUCUCUGGGGGAAAGAGAGCGAUCAAGUUGCUUAGGCAGAAGUCGUUAGAUGAUGACGUCGUUGUACUUCUUCCACCGGCAGAGAUGUCGAACGCGUUCGGUGGCAAAACUACCUGUACGGAAGAACGUUAUAAUGUACUUAGCAUGGUGGCAGAAAGCGAUGGUACCACCCUUGAGUCGGCGAUAGCAAACGACGACGCAACUCCUAUCUUAAAGGUGAAGCAGAUGGAAGAACGUCUGGUGCCUGGGGUGAUCCCGAUGAAGAAUAUUGUUUCCAAGGUGACCAAACCCGUCGAAGCUAAGACGAAAGUGAUCCCGAGAACUCAGAAGAAACCUGUUGACCUCAAAUCUACUGGUAUCCUUGAGGACAAGAAAAAGUAG